UUUUACCCCAGGUAUUUAAUUUAAAGAAGGUACCGUAUUUAAGGGUGUGUCAAGGUAUGUGAGAAUUUAAAUACAUUUUCACCAAUUCAGUUUUAUAUUUUGAACAUAUUGAACAUAUUAAUCAAAUAGUCAACUUAGAUAGAUAGCCUGAUUAUUAUCUCUCGGAAAGUGAUAAAUAUUUAAAAGCCCCUUCAUAUGGAAUCAACAUGUUUUUAUUCGAAGGAGACAAACUUUAUCAAUGUAAAAAGUAGAAUGAACAAAAAAACAAAAACAAUGGCUCCUUUAAGGAAUGCUGAAAGGGAAAAGAUGGAAAACCGACGUUUAAAAUAAAGUCCAAGCAUUCCCACUCUGAAUCAGCAUAUCUAUUUUUGUAUUAUUUAACAAAGCUAUUUCUUGAAAAUACUGAACUUUUUUGUUCAAACUGUUUUUCAAAAUGUUUUCUAACAUUUUUUUGUUUUGGAGAUAUUUUGUAUAAAAAUUUUUUCAACAUUUUGUGAAAUAAAAAAAAUAGUUUUCAGAUCAAACAUUUCUGUCCACGCUUGGCUUGAUCUCCACCCCAGAGUUUUGCGAAAAAGGUUAAAACGUAAAACGUAGUACUCUCCUAAAGAAGUACUCUCUUAAAUAAAGUGAAAAAGAGUUUUAAAGUUUCUUAUAGAAAUCUUAAGCUUCUGCGUAACACAUUGUUGACUAUAGUAACGAGCAUUUGGUGACAGUUUUUUUAACAUCUGUUUAUGCUGCUCGUGUUCGCACACAUGAGUAGUAAAAAUUAAUACCUGGCAUGAUUGCAUGUAAAAUAUGAUUUUUGUCACAGAAAAAAAGAAAUUUGUCACAAUUUCUUUUCUUUUUUUAAAUUAUUUAACUGAAAUACAUUUUUAAAAAGCUUUUUUUCUACAAUUAGAAAGCCCAGAUUUUAUCUAUCCAAUCACUAAAUUUUUUUCCCUGUACUCACACGCCUUAAAACAUGAACACGUUCACAUUAUGAUUUAUCUUUAAAGUCUUGUUUAAGAAACUAAUUAGACACACAGUAACCACAAUUCAUGGUUCUCUUUACCAAAUAAAUCUCAAUUCUUUAACAGAUUUGCACUAUAUCUUGUUUUUGGCUCACAUACACAUGCAGAGUAAUAUAAUCUAUUUUAUUGUGGUUUAGAUUUGAAAGAAUGCAUGGUAAUGAGUGUCUUCUGAAGCUUCCUGUGCAGUUGAUUGUCACUCAAGUUUCAGUCAGUGAGAAUAAGGGUGACUGGAAAGAAGUUCAAGAAAAUUCAUUGAAAUUUGAUGGGUUUUACCUGUUAGUGAAGAUGAAUUUUAAGGAUGGAAGUAGUUAUAGCUUUCAAGUGAUUGGUAAUAGAAUGGGUUUGGACCGAAGUGAGGAAUUUUGCAGUGAAAAUGCUAUAUUUAAAGCCAAUUCUUCAUAUCAGUGGUAUUCCAUAUUAGGAGUUGGUUUUAUAUGUUUUGGAAAUUGCCUUCCAUCAAGCCCACGUAGUGUAAUGAAGAAUAUGAAAAGACAUCAACUACAAACUCCUACUGAAGUUGAGCAUGAAGUUUAUACUUCAGCUGGUCCUAUGUCUAAAGUUGUUUCUAAGAAAGAUUGGUAUACGUCAUGUCUUAAGUUUGUAGAUCGCAAUUAUGACAAAUCCUGCAAACAAACAAUACAACUUCCAGUUGAUUGUUUGCAAGAUACUCUUACAAGCAAAUUUGUGAAUGUCCUUAAAGCCUGGUGCUGUUCCUAUCAGAAUGAAGAGAAGGUGCGUGGAAUGGUUCUAAGCAGUUAUGAUUCACGUAAACAUGCGGAAUUUUUGGAUUAUAAUAUGGAUGUCAUUAGUAAAGAAUUGAAGUUAUUGCCAGAUAAUGACUUUGAUAAUCGAUUGUUGGUUUAUCAUCCCACAUUGCACGUUAUUCUCAAUGUAAGAUAUUUGACAUUGAGCAAUUGUGUCCAACUUCAACAUGCUAUGUGUGUUAGCUGUGAUGACAUCAAACUAGAAAUGCUAAUUCACAAAGAUAUUCUCUUCCAAAGUGAUGUUAUCUUCAUUAGCUUACUUGUAGUACCCAAGCUUGACCAGUUAGCAGAUGGAGCUACUUUUAACACUGGUUCUUCUUAUGACAUGUUGCUUCUUUCAUAUGAAGAUCUCAGUAACCUUGAUUCUUUUAUUAAGAAAUGGGAAAGAGGUAUCCAUAACCAUCUUAAAAAGAUGAGAAAAGACCUUCAAUUAAACACUAAAGAAGGCAAUAAAAAGCAAGACAUUUUUUUAAAAAUGUCUAGUACGGUUAUUGGCUAUAUGGCUACUGCAGAAGCUUUUUUGCCGUCACUAAGAAAAAUGAAGCUGCCAGUUAUGUGUGAUAAUGUGCAUAUGCAAGUGAAAACAGUUUUGCUAACAACUAAGCAGCAGGAAGUUCUAUGCUCAAAUGAGCGCAAAAUUAUUCUUACGGGAUCAUUUGGUUCUGGUAAAAGCAUUCUUGGUCAGUUAACAAUGAAGCAGCUCUAUGAAAAGGCAGAAGAAGAUGUGAAGAUCUAUUAUGUGUGUUGUGAAUCUCAGUGCUUGUUUCAAUCAACAGUUCAGGAAAUAGCUAAACAAACUUGCUUGAAGAUUAAAAAGGCAAAUGCUCAGAUUAUAGCAAGAAACCUGCUUCAACUGAAACAAGAUUUGGGUCUUGAUGAAAGUGUGAAUUUGUCAAGAGUAAUAAAAUUGAUAUAUGAGAGAAACAAGAAUGUAUUGGUACACUUUGUGUUUGAUGAAUACGAUGCUGAAAAUUUGGACAACAAUGAAGCUAACGAAAUCAAAAAUGUAAUAAAAGAUCAAACAUAUCCAAAAAUUGACGAGUCGGUUAUGGUAUUGAUCACACAAAGUAUGGAAAAGCACAGAGAGUACGUAAAGAUUAACCAGAAUGGCAAAGAGAGGAGACAAGCCCAUCUUAAAUAUCAGUUUGAUAAAACCGGAUUAAAAAGAUUUGAUUUGCCAACGACGAUGAGGACAACAAAACGAAUUAAUGAUCUCAUAAAAGUGUGUAUUAAGCACUUUGAAGGGAACCCAAGUGUUUUUAACCACCCAGAGUUGUCAAGUGAAAGGCUUUCUGUUCGUAAAAGGCCCUCAAAGCGUGUGUCCGAACACAAUCCCGUCAAUGAUAGUACUACACCAAAUAAAGUUUCAACAAAUAGAUACUAUAAAACUAACCCCCCCAUUUUGGUACGUUUAGAAGCUGAAGAAAAACCUUCCGUGGACGAAACUAAGAUUGCAAAAAUUCCUGUAACAAAUGCACGAUCUACACUUCCCUCACCACAAGUGACAGAUCAGGAAAAAAAACAUGAUACCAAAUUACAUGAAAUAAUAGGAAAGGAAAGACCUAUAACGGAAAUGAAGCGUUCGCUGGAUAACCAAGCAACAAAAUUUAGGCCUAAUAAAAAAAUAGUUCAAGAACUAGUGAAUCUAGAUGUUGCCUUUAAAUUAUCUAAUGCGAAUCAGGUACAUUCAGAGGAAAAGACAAGGACCGAAUUUAAAUUUAAUGGAACAAACCAUAUUGGUCAUAAUAUAUUUGGAGAAUGGCCUACCUUAGUUAGUAUUCACAAAAAUUCUGAUAGUUCCUACUCUCCUCGUGACAUUGUUGCCUAUUGCAGUCUAUGCCUGUCAAAGAUCGCAGAGAAAGUUAUAGAUGAUAUCGAGGGACUGGUGGUACUGUCUUGUGAUCAGGAAUCUGCACUAAUGGUGAAAAAUGCAUUUAGUCUUAUAAAUAAAGAAAGCAUUUGUUACACACCUGCUUUCCCUUCAAAAGGCCAAGCUCAGUCUAAAGAAGAUAUUCUGAAAUGUUGCAGAUCAGAAAACUGUAUCCUUAUAACUGACUUUGUUGGGUUUAUGGGGAUGGAGGCUGAGAAACUAUGGGUUGUUGUUGAUAAAUAUGAUCACUUUUUAAAGCAACAUCUUGUGGAAUCACUAGGCAGGUGUACAAGUGAGUUGGUUAUUAUUAAAUAUGACAAUCCAGGGAAGAAAGAAGAAAAACCUAAUGAGGUUAUUAAGAUGAUACUCCAGGACUGGGAAGAGCUUGUGGAAAACAUUACAGUAGAAGCAAUAAAACGACAAGGCACCCAGCAACUAUUUGUGGAACUAUCUCGUGAUAAAGGAAUAGUAAAGUAUGGCCUUAAUGUGAUGUCGCCUCAGUACAAGAAGGAGAUUGAUAAUUUAAAUAAUAUGAAAGAUGAAAGUAACCACAGUACUGACCAUAAAGCUGUAAUGGACACAAUUAAAAGGAAUGCACACGACCCAUAUUUUACAAGUCGAAUCAAAGAUAUGUUUAAUUUAAGUGACAAAACAGGCUAUCAAAGUCUAUCAGAAUCUUGUCUUGAAGAAUAUGCAUUCGAAGAUAGUGGUAUCGUGUUGUCUUUGGAAUCAAGUGAAGAAAUAAAUGGGCCAUUUAAUUAUCGCCGGAUGAUAUUGGAAGAUCGAUCUUGUGUCAAAAUUAAGUUAGAAAAUUUAAGAGUGUUGUUAAAGGGAAAUCUCGAGAACAAAACAAGGAUGCAGAAGUGGCUUAAAUUGUAUUUCGAGCUUAAAGAAAGUGGAGAGUUAGCCAAUCAAGAAACUUUUGAAAGUUUAUUUUUUGGUGAUUAUUUUGAAACUGUUAUGGAGGAUGACGAAAUUGCCUGGAGUUGCAUCUCAUUUGUCCCUACUUACGCAUUUGGCAAGAUUAUUGGAAAGCGAGGAGAGAACAUCAGAAGAAUAUCUGAACAAUUUCGAGCAGGGAUUGUGGCCGAUAAAGAAGUUGGAAAAAUCUUUGUUUUAGGUAGUGCAAUGGCACGGAAAAAUGUUCAAUCCUACUUCCGAUUUGUUAAGUUUAAAAAAGAAUAUGUUGAUUCGUUAUUUUGGUCAUAUCAAAAACUCGUGUUUGUAGGAUUACAAACUCAUGACUCUGUAGAACUAAUUCAAAAAAUGUUUUGCAAAGACUGUGAGCGUAACUGUGAAAUGUUGUCACUGAUUGAUCUGCCAGAAUCUGAUUUAAGCAUGAACAAUAUUCCUAAUCUCAAGGAGCUAUUUUCUAAAGUUGUUAGUGACAUCCAAAUCUUAUUACGCCAAAACGAAGCAAAUACUUGUGAGCUAAUGGUUCAUCAUGGACAUAUCCAUAUUCCAAACUGUAAACCAGGACCUAAAAAGGUUGAAGACAUUAUCUCUAAUGGAAAAAUACAUUUUAGAAACUUUUCCCAAUCAUCUUACAAUUUUAGUGAAUUGCCCUAUGGAAAUCCUCAUAAUGAUUUUGUGAAGUAUGAUAUAUCUGUGUUUAUACCUAAUCAAUCAUUUGAAAUGCGAUACAAAGUGUUUUUAACGCCAAAGAAUGGUAAUGUUUCCUUCAUAACUGAGGAGGAAGCAGGGAUAUUACCUGCUAAAUUUUAUCCAUACAGAGUAGGGCCAGGCUAUUUAUGUAUCCCAAGAAAUGUCCGAAGGAUAGAUAUUAUUGAUCCUACUACAAACACAUCAACUCGUCUGAAUUUUCAAAUAUUUCAACAUAACAUCGUCCCUGAAAGUGAAAUGCAAAAACAUAUUGGGAAGUUGAAGAGUUUCUAUGAAAGCCUGUCUAUAAAGAGUAAUACUCUAUAUCUUGACAUUGGAACUCCUCCUGAGGGGUAUUUGUUGACUUAUGUUCGAAGAUGUGAACGAAAGACAUUCAAAUUAUCAAACAUAACAUUGCUGCGUACAUCCGAAGAAGAGAUUGAAGUACGAGAUGGUUUGAAUUGUGAGGGAGAAAUCGAAAAUGACAUUUUUUUAACAUCGAAACUUAUUCAGGGAAACGAUAUUGUGUUACAUUCAGCAGAAAUUGGAUUGCAAGAAAUUUUAACUCAUAGUAAAAAACUUAUGCAUAAUUUGAAAUGAUAUAUUUUUUAUCCAUUCUCUUUCACCAUUCUCUUUUACCAGAGGUUGUUUCUGUAUCAGGAAUUUUCUUUUUUUGUAGCUGCACUAAUUAAAAGUAGAAAUAAAGACACGUUUUAUUACAAAAACGUUGUAUUGUUUUUCUUGUCAGACUGAUUAUGCUUAAUAUAAAUUCAACUUUUAGUCUUACGUACUCUAGUUAUAUAUGUGCAUACUUUUUAUGUGUAUUAUUAUUUAUAUGCUCUUUUUGCUGAAAUAUUUGAAAUUACAAACCAUGAGAUCAAGACAUAUCUCCAUUGUCAACCCUUAAGCGCCAUGCUUCAAAAGAAGUAGAACGUUUGAAUUUGAGUUAUUGAUGCUUCGCAGGAAUCCAAUUAUUUUUUUCAUGCCUUAAAUUUUUUUUACAUUUUUAAGUGUAGUAAUUUUUUUACGUUUUUAAAAAAUUGUAAAAACGAUGGGUAAACAUGUGUGUGCGUUUUAUUUAUAAAUGUUUGGAGUUUUAUAUGUGGGUUUAUAUCAAAUGUGUUUGAAUAUCUUACAUUUGCAGAUAUAUUAAAUUUUUUAAAUUCAUAGUAUGUUAAUUAUUAGAUAAUAAAUAAGAGUUGUAGAGUGG